AAGGAAAUGUAACAGCAUGUUUAUUAGAGAAAGACAUUUACUGGUCAGCAAUAAAUACUGACAACUCUGGCUACGGUAAACAUAAUCAUGUCAUAACUCCGCCACUCGAACCACGCGGCAGCAGAAUGCUGGCUGUAAUAGGCAUUGCGUUAAAUGGACUGGCUCUAAUUCUUGAGGUUGUAGGAGUGAUAAUACCUUACUGGUUUAUUUGGUCUACUUCGGUCCACGGACUCACAGCCAGUAUCAAGUUUGGACUUUGGAAAUGUUGUACAGAAGUGCCGUUGCUAGAUUCAGAAUGUACAAGUUUGGAAGAUAUUAUUCAUCCGAUUUCUAAUCAAAUCAGAGUUACCCGUGGUCUCGAAAUACUCUCUGUUCUGACCACUGCAAUGGCCGGAGCUUUAGCAUUCCUGCGAGUAGUCACAAGGAAAGACAACAGACGUUUUGUACUUGCGGCCGGAAUAAAUGCUGGAAUAGCAGGUCUCCUCGCAAUUGUGGGUGCUGUAGUUUUUGCUGUCGAUAACCAAGUUGAGAAAUAUUUAGAAGAACACGCAUUUAAAGGACAGACAAAUUUGAAACUGCACUCCGGCUUUGGCCUGUGUAUCGUUUCAGGAAUUCUCAGUUUUAUCACCGCUGUAUUGUACAUAUUAGCUUUUUGUUCUAAGAGUAAUAUAGUUCACAGUAUCGGAACAUAAUGUUGUAAACAGCAGUGUUUAGUGAAAAGAAGUUUAACGGUGUUCAACUUGACUUUGAACACGUCACGGACUUGGAGUAAAACUAUUCAAAUUCUCAGAACGUUUAAUACAUUUUAAAUAUCAACAAGGUGCAUUUUCAAAUUCUGAUUUUCUAACAUGGCUGCCCGAUCAAAAAAGUAUGUAUCUUAUCAAUAAACACACGAGUUAUGAAAUCGUUUGAUAAAACUUCAGAAUUUUUAUUGAAGGUCAGUCUUAAGUACAAAUGUAGGAAAAAAAAGCCCACUGGAAAGGUUCAUUUUAAUCUGUUUUCCACCCAAAUGAUGUCCUGAUAAAUCUUUUGAGUGGUGUUUAGAGCCAGUUAAAGACCCACAACGACCUAGUGACCUACUUUUUCCUCCCACAUGAACUUCGUGCAAAUCGGUAUAAUACAGCAAUUCUACAAGAUGACAGGCGGACAAUUUAGGCCCGCCCUGAAUUAAAGUGUUUUCACAACUUGAUCUGCAAACUUAUUCAGUCAUUCUCUUGCCAGUAUAAUUUUAUAAACAUAGAAUAAAUAAUUCAGUAUGUAAUAGUUACUGAUAUUAUCCAAAAGGAUAACAGAGAGAUGUAUGACAUAAUCAUGUACAGAAUCGCGUAGAAGUUAUAGCAUUCUAAAGUAUGUAUUUUGGACAGCUAUACAUGUUUAAAUGCCAUACGUGUUAUUACUGUGCUGCUGAAAUAAUUUUAGGACUAUUUCGGGGGCGGUUGUUUACUGGUUGCUUGUAGGCAGAUCAUAUUAAGAGAAUCUGAACCGUAUUGUUAACUCUGGAGAUAAUCGCCCCAAAAAACAAUUGUUUCAAUGUAUCUUUAUACACAUGAAAAGCUAAAAUAAAACUUUGCGUAAAGAAUGUUUUAUUAUUUAUAUGAAUGGUGACAUUUAUAUAUGGUAUCUUUAGUUCUUGCUAACCAGCUGACAAGAUCAUAAUUAUAGUAAAUAUAUGUAUUUGUUAAUUU